GGACUUUCACAACCGGUUUGCCAAGUACAUGUACGUGUCAGAUUGUACGCUUCGUGCUAUAGACUGCAUCAUUAGGAGGCAUGUAUGUUGUUCCUUUGGAAAUAUGAACUUAUCGUGUAUAUUGCCUGCAUCAUGGAGGCGUGAACGUUAUGGAUACGAUACGAUUGAUAAAACAGGACAGAAUGGAGUUAAAUCUCAUGAACCUUUCGAGGCCACACCUCUGUACAAGAAACAGGCCUCAUCUAGCGGAUUCCGUUGGGACGUAAUAGGAUGGUUGAUAGGCAUCGUAUUCAUCACCGCCCUAUUGCUUGCCAUGAUGUUCAUAGGGAAAUCCAGGGGCUGGGAUGCCGAUGCUGGCUACUGCCACAACGAGAGUGAGUCAUCACAGGAACGCUUCUUGCCAGAACCUUACAUCGAAGAACCUGGCGUUCCAGGAAGAUAUGGAUCUGGAGCCUCGGCAAGAUGGUACUACUGGCAGAUACCUCCCGAAGAAGUCACAGCUUUGACCAGAGGCAUCAUGUGGCUAUGUUACGUGACCCAUCAGUUAUUUGUAUGGGGCUGCAUCUACUAUGCGCAAAGGUUUAAGACGGUCUAUCCCAAUCCUCUAGAUGCCAAGUACUCCACCGACAUGAAGAAUUUUAAUUGGAUACCACUGAUAGGCAACAUGGUGUUCCAUCUCUUUCAUCUGGGACAGACCCAUUGGACGUACGACGCUCUUGCCCAGGACGUGUCAGAAGCUAGCUCUCAAGGUUCUGUUAUAAUGCUGCUUGUGUUCGUCUUAAUGAUAGAGUACCGGAAUCGUGGGAUGGCAUUUGGUUGGCCUUCCAAAGAUGACACCAACAACAUCAGCAACAAGCUCCGACUUCCUUGGGGUCCACAGGAACUCAUACGUCGUUACCAUGGAUAUGCUUUCUCCUGGGCGGCCAUCUACACAUUCUGGUAUCAUCCUAUGGAGAACACAGUCGGUCAUGCCCUAGGGUUCACACAUACCUGGUUGUUCAUGCUUCAGGGAAGUCUCAUGUAUACGCAGUUCCAUCUAAACCGAUACUGGCGUCUUCUCCUUGAAGCAUGGGUCAUAAUCCAUGGUUCUGUGGUCGCUUGGCAAACCGGAGGUCCAGCUCUGAAUGGCACAUCGCUGUAUCCAAUGUUCAUGUUUGGUUUCCUGUGGAUCUUCACGAUGACCCAACUCUUUGGUCUUCCAAUCUUCAAAUACAUUCCCCGUCUGCUUUGGUUUCUUCCAUUCGUCGCCUAUAUGGCCGUGGGGAUCUACAUCUAUGGUUGGGUCUUUGUUGAUAAAGAAGGUCGCUACUGGAUUCGCAUGAAUGAGAUGAUCCGCAUCCCUGCAACGGAGUACCUUUGCGUGAUCAUCGCCUGGCUUGUCAUGUGGUUCUUCCUCUGGAUUGAAAAGAAAGUGAAAGCAGACAAGAUCAACGAGCCUUUCCAACCACCUAGUAUAGUCAAAGAGAUCAUGUACCUUUCAGGGGUAGUCUUCACCUACGCAAUCAUGGUCACAGUCGCCAUUCUCAUCCAAGCCUUGGACGUCAAAAUGGACUUGAUAGCCCUCAUGGUCAUAUUCGUCAUCAUUUUCACGGUCGGUGUUGCCGUGACCUGUAUGCUGCUUAAACAAAUCAUGCCACCUUAUGCCGGGGACUUGACAGACACAAGCAACAAUUCAAGAGUUUCUCCUACGUUUGACAAUCCUGGUUUCAAAGUGGAUGAGAAGAAGUUUUGAGAUACAUGUACCUUUUGACAUAGUUUAUAGACUCAUGUUCAAGUUUGCAAUUGCAAUAUUUCGUGUUAUCAUAGUGUGUUCAAGAUUAAAAUCAACCAUAUCAGACAUCGAUCUGAACAAUUUCAUUUUUAUAUUUUAUUGACCCACUUCGACAAGAAAGAACAGUCCAGAAAUAGGUUCAUUGACCAUUGACCAAUGUCAAUUGGAUUUUGCAUGUAAAUAGCAGGCAAUAGACACUGAUAUGUUACAAAUUGGCUUGCUCAUUCUAAUAAUUUGCCCUUUGUAAUUUAUUAAUUUCAAUUCCGCUCUAUACACGUCUGAAUUUGUUGGUAAUAUGGUAUAUUAUGGACUGCCUUAUAGCUGGAGACACAAUCAUGGGUGUCGAUUUGUGUUUAAUAUAUAUAUAUACAUAAGUAAAUUCAGAGAGAAAAACAAAUUGGUCAUUGUGCGUAUUAAGGCCACCGCACACCUUACGACUGUUCGCGAUCCGAUUUUGGAGCAAAUCGCAUUUUGCUCAUUCUCUGAAAAUGUGAAUGGAACAUAUCAUUUUAUUUGAGGUUAAAAUUAAUUGAAAGAAUAGUAAUAUGACCAUUUUGAAAGAUUGCAAGCCUUUAUUUUGGAGUAAAUGCCAAAUUAGUUUCAAAUCGUAGCCAAUCGUACGACUGCUAUGGCGUCAUUACGACUAGGUAUUAAAUUUGCUUUUAUUCUAAGAAGGAUGAUAGCAUAGUCACAGAUUUGAACAUAGGUAUUCGUACGAUGAUUUAGAACAUUACACAGUAAGAUAUUCCAAGUCUCAAUAUUAACAUCAAAUUCUACUACAUUUUAUUCUGAAAUCGGGUCGCAGUGUGCGGACACCUUUAUACGACAAUCAAUGUUACCAUUGGUAACAUACGCCAUUCCCCCACCUUAAAUCUGGAGAUUAUAUCCCCCACCCCAUGAUCGAAACCCUCAUUGAAUGGAUGAUAACACACCUGAAAUAUUGGGGGCGAUAUAUACCCCACCCCCUCCCCGGAUCGACACCCAUGGACACAACAUAAUAUUGUCCUGAGUAGACUCGUAUGAUAAAAUAUUGCCCUCGUCCCGACUCUGAGCAAAAUUGUACGGAUGAAUCUCUCAAUGCUCUUCCAUAUUAAAUUAUGAUAGAAUAAUUUAUUAUAGUAAUCGCUAUUUAUGAUGACAAAAAUACCUCAUUAUAUGACAGAAAUGUAUUUUACACAUAUUUUAAUGAUUGAUUCGGUUAUGGCGAUCCUGGUAAAUACGACGAUGCUGGUGUAUUGUUUGUAAUAAUCAUUGUCUUUACGUCAGGUUUUCACCGAUGGUGCGCUUUUUGUUGAUGAAGUGAUUAUUUAGCCUUAUUUUUCUAUCACUUACCGAUUUGAAUACUACUUCAUGAAAAAUAUGCAAAUAUGAUCACUAUUGUGUUUUGGUUGAGAUUACAAUAAUUGUCUUUCAUGAUAGUCUUGCUACAAUAUUUUUAUCAAUUUGAAAAUGUAUAUAUUUAAUUUAAGAUGAUAAUAUUAAACAAAGAGUCAUUAUUAUACACAUUAUCAGUGUAUUAAUUCUCUUCAUUCUGCAUAGAGACUGUAGAGCUAUAAUUGUAAUACAUCUACUGCAGUGGCGUAGCUAGGAUUUUUUUCCUGGGGGGGGCACUGGGGGGUCCUUGCUUUUUCAGGGGGGGCACCAUUUUUUCCGUUGUGUGUGUAUGUGUCACAAGGGCGGAUCCGACUUUCGCCAAAAGGGGACGGGGGCCGAAAUUAUCUUCACCUAUAUUUUCCCCGAUCAGUCACUUCUUAGUUUUAUUCUUAUAAAACAACAUAACUUGAUAUAAUCUCAUAAGCCUUAUAAAAAGUGCGAGCGCGAAGCGCGAGCGAUUUUUUUUUGUUACUUUCAUGUAUUUUGUCCUGAAAAUUUAAUAUUCUUGGCAAUGUUAUGUGUGAUCCUGAACAAAAUUCGUAUGUAACAAGAUGGUUACUGCGAACGCCAAGCGUGAGCAGAAAUUUUUAUUAACUGUUGUAGCAUUAUCGAAAAUGGACCUGUUAAGGACUGCUUACAGUUACCCACGAAGACGGUAUAUAUUUCAAUAAUGCGAGCGCGAAGCGCGAGCAAAUUUUUUUGACAUUCCGACCUAAAAAAUUGUCAUUCUAAGCACUUUUUGUAUUAAUAAAUGGGAUAGCUAUGUAACUAAACAAUUGAUGCGAGCGCGAAGUGCGAGAGGAAGAAAAUUGAGAUUUUAGACCUAAAAGCGAGACACUAUUUAUAUUUUGUAAAUCAUAAAUAGGAUAUAGUUAAUUGGGUAUCAUUAAUUAUGCGAUCGUGAAGCGUGAGCAGACAAUUAUUGAUAUUCUGAUGUGAAACUGGAUAAUUUAAGUACAUUUGAUAUAAAGAACAUGCAGGCUAUCGGGCAUGUUUUAGAUUUAGACCUAGAAUCUGGGCAGUCUGAAUACAUUUGACCACGCAGCGUGAGCUUAAAAAUGCUGAUAUGUAGACUAUAAAAGGGACAUUUUACAGCUAGAGCACUUAAAUUUGUUAAUGAAAAAAUGAUGAAAGCUCGAUGUCCGAGCUAAAAUAUAUUUUGUAUAUUGACAUCAAAACUUGCUCCAUAUCAGCCUAUUGAGCAAGAUAUGAAUCUCAUCGAACAUGCAAUUCUGGCGCGAAGCGCAAGCAAAAGUUUUAUAUAGUAACAUGAAAGAUUUGUUUUUUUUUGCAAGUCUUCCCUUCACAUUAUUUCAUCCACUCGUCUUCCUCCUCUUAUUUUCCUCUUCUUUUUUUUCUUCUGUCUUUCUUCUUCUUUUCCUUUUUUCUUUUCUUCUUUCUCCCUUUUUUUUUUGCUCUGCCAAUUUUUUUCAGGGGGGGCACCUGGGGGGGGGGGGGGGGGGGCACGUGCCCCCCCAGGCCCCCCGUAGCUACGCCACUGAUCUACUGGGGACCAGGAACGAUUUUUGAAGAGGGGGUGCUGGAUU